AUGCCAGCCUCUCUGGAGACCUGCCUCUCCGACCUCGACUGCUCCAGCAACAGCAGUAGCAGCAGUGACCUCUCCGGCUUCCUCACUGACGAGGAGGACUGUGCCAGACUCCAACCUCCAGCUUCCGCUUCGGGUCCAUCAGUGGCCGCCCGCAGGGCUGCACCCGAAAUUCCCGGGACGUCAGACGUCGCAGAGACUCAGGACGAGGAACAGGAGCGGCGGCGCCGAAGGGGCCGAGCGCGAGUGCGUUCCGAGGCGCUGCUGCACUCGCUGCGCAGGAGCCGGCGCGUCAAAGCCAACGACCGCGAGCGCAACCGCAUGCACAACCUGAACGCGGCGCUGGACGCGUUGCGCAGCGUGCUGCCCUCCUUUCCCGACGACACCAAGCUAACCAAGAUCGAGACGCUGCGCUUCGCCUACAACUACAUCUGGGCUCUGGCAGAGACGCUGCGCCUGGCAGACCAGGGGCUGUCUGGGGGCGGUGCCCGGGAGCGCCUCCUGCCGCCGCCGUGCACUCCCUGCCUGCCCGCGCCCGCAAGCCCCGCCAGCGACGCCGAGUCCUGGGGCUCUGGUGCAGCCGCUUCCCCCUGCGCCACCGCCGCCUCGCCACUCUCUGACCCCUGUAGCCCAGCCGCCUCGGAAGACUUCGCCUAUGGCCCCGGCGACCCCCUUUUCUCUUUCCCUGGCCUGCCAAAAGACUUGCUCCACAAUGCACCCUGUUUCAUCCCUUAUCACUAG